AUGGCGCCAGUUAUAACGAGCCCAUCUAUUGCCAUUAGCACUCCUGAAAUCCCCCUGUUUGCUGUUUCGGCACGUACAAACAAUCCCGAUUUCCAGCGAUAUCCACUUCACACAUUACAUACCAGAGAUGACACGAGCGCGAACGUUGAUGUAAUCAGUGCCAUAAUUGGCAUAAUUGCCGUGUUGAUCGCAAUCAUCGGCCUGGUUGAGGGAUAUAAACGUUGGAAACAAUACAGGAGAGAUCUCAUGUCAUCAGCUGUUGAAGAAAACCGUGUGGGAAUGCAUGUGCGGCAACCACCCUGCGAUCCGCCUCCGAAUCUCCCCGCAGCGGAUGCGAACCAUGUAUUCUAUGUGGUGUGUGCCAUCCUCACGUUCUUACGCAUGGUACAUUCUACUCCAUGUCCAGACGACGAGAGAGAUGCGGGAAUUGCUUGUGUAUCAACUCCUGGAUCGGGGACCGCUGGGAAUAUUGGUUUGCAAAAUGGUGCUUGA